ACAGAUUUCAACUUGGAUUGUUUAGUUUCUCCUUCCUCACCUCUCUUAUUUCAUCCUUCCUUUCGGAUUACCUUACGUUCAACACUGUUAUUCCACAAACUCGGCAAGGGGAACGCAACGAUCUCGUUCGAGCAUCGUCGAGCAGAGAGGAAAGCACACGAGACGAGCCCUUCUUUCUGGUAAAUCCGCGUUUCGAGAACAGGAGACAGGAGGAGGAGGAGAAGGGUACACCGGUGCGGAUACCACACGAAAAGCGAAUACCAAGGCGGAAUUCUGCGGUUUUCGUGAGGAGGACGAGGUCGGUGUUAAACCAGCAAGAUUACCGGCCGCGGCGGUUGCGCCAAAUACUGUGGUACAGCUCCUUCACCCGGCAACAUUUCAUUCUCCAGCUUUCGACAGUCCUUCACUUCCAAUGUUAACUACCUGAAACGGAGUUUGUCUUCCAGGUUCUCGUCAGGGGAUUUGAGCUCGGAGCUCGACGAUGAACCAAGCACAGACUCCGGGCUGGCCUCCAUGGCCAGGGAUUCGUCCCAAUCGUAUCAAGCGGUUCCGGAACGCCCGUUGCAGUCCCAACCUACGCCGGUUCCGCCGGCCAGUCAGCCGCCCGUGCCCGGGGCACCGCCGCCUGGAGCCCCUCAACCCGUCGGCGGUGAUCUCAGCCUCAACCUGAGACCCGGCUCCAGAACCACCAGCGCCCCGUCCUCGCCUGCCAAGACCCGGGAAAGUUUGCUCCAGAGGGUUCAGAGCUUGACGGGGGCUGCUCGUGAUCAGGGUGCAUCGAUUCUGGGAGCGGCAGUGUCGGGUGCAACAAGAGGACCCUCUUACAACAAAGAUCGAUGCUUCACCUUGCUGGUCAUAGACGACCAAAACACCGACUGGAGCAAAUAUUUCCGGGGUCGUAGGCUUCACGGUGAUUACGAGAUCCGCGUUGAACAGGCGGAAUUUCGGGAAUUGUCGUUAACAGCCAGCGAGACUGGCACCGUUGUGUCCAUGGCGGUUUAUCGUAACGGGACCAAAGUCAUCCGAUCCUUCAAGCCGGAUUUCGUUCUGAUACGACAAAACCUAAAGGACGCGGGAGAAGAUUACAAGAAUCUUCUUCUCGGUUUGAUGUACGGCGGUGUGCCGAGCGUUAACAAUCUCACGGCAAUUUACAACUUUCAGGAUAAACCUUGGGUGUUCGCGCAUCUUCUGGGGCUUCAACGUCGUUUAGGAAAAGAUAACUUCCCGUUGAUCGAGCAAACUUACUAUCCCAAUCAUCGUGAAAUGGUGAGUGCAUCUCGUUACCCGGUCGUGGUGAAACUUGGACACGCCCACGGAGGAGUGGGAAAAGCCCGUGCCGAGACGAAUCAAGAGUUUCUAGAUCUCGCCUCUUUGGCUGCUUUGGCCAACACUUACUGCACGUCGGAACCGUAUGUCGAUACCAAAUACGACGUCCACGUGCAGAAAAUAGGCAAUAACUACAAGGCGUUCAUGCGGAAGAGCAUAAGCGGAAACUGGAAAUCUAACACCGGUUCGGCGAUGUUGGAGCAAUUAGCGGUGAGCGAGAGACAUCGCGCCUGGGUCGACCAGGUGGCCCAAUUGUUCGGCGGGUUGGACAUCUGCGCGAUCGAGCUGCUGGUCGGCAAGGAUGGCCGAGAGUACAUAAUCGAAGUGAACGAUAGCGCGUUAUCGUUGAUGGGAGACUCGCAGGAGGAGGAUCGUCGCCACAUCGCGGAUCUUGUCACCGCCAAAAUGCAGGCAUUUUGCCGGCCGCCGAGCGUUUUGACGAAAACAACAUCGAGAGGAUCGAUGUCCGGCUCGAGCCAAGCGACGAGUCCCGUCGAGGAUCGCGCCAUGCCGCCAACAGCUCCCUUGGGAUCGCACGGGAGCAUGGGAUCGAUGGCUAGCAUAGGAAGCUUGGGUUCGGUCGGCUCGACGACAGCAGUGGCCGGCGACGUGACCACCUCCGACAGCCACCAUCAACUGCAACGACGCGAUUCUCAAGCGUCGCAAUCGAGUACAGUGAGCAGCGCGCCGUCGGUUGGCCGACGCCAAGACGAAGCUCCGACAUCGAGAGUACCUUUCCACAGACAAGGCAGCCAAUCACAGAGCGAGGACACCGAAGACACGAUGAAGAAUCUUCGGAAAACGUUCGCGGGAAUCUUUGGGGAUAUGUAAAAUUUUUUUCUUUUUUUUUUUUGGGGGGGGGGGGGGACGAGUGUGUGCACUGAAACAAAGGAGACGAAGAAUUAUUAGAAUAUAUAAAUUGGUUUAUAAAUUGGUAUUGGAAGAAAACUUGUUGCUUCUUCGAUGAAUUAUUAUAUUUUUGUAUAUAUUUGUUCUCGUUUGUAAUCGAUGUAUGGAUUAGUUUUUUUUUUUUCUUU